CGAGACUCGAUGCAUUCCGCGCUGAGCGCUGACCGUCCGAGUGCCGAACGCGCGGUGCAUCGACUCCUGGACGCCUGGCCCCAGCUGCCCAGUGCGGAUACCCGACCCUCCGUCGGGCGUCGCAGCGCUGCGCCUCAAGACACCAGCAUAUAUAUCUUAUAAGUAAUUGAGAUUCGAGAGUCGAGUCGAGUAGACAGGCCUGCAUCAGGCCGCAGGCGCCAGCGCCGCGGGCCACGCUCACAUCGGCUCGUCUCCUCGUCUCUUGUGAGCGUGUAUGCGUGUAUGCGUGCGCGCCCAGUCCGUUGAUGAGAGGACCGCCGAGAGGAGAGGACCAGGGAUCUAGAACGAGUUCCGCGAUUGAUCGGGGGGCAUACAACACACCGCCCGGACUGCUUGCUUGGUGCUAUUGUUGAGCCUCGCGCGCGCGAGGAACAGCUGAGCCAUGUCGUUCAGGCAGCUCCCAGCCAUGUCCCAGCCGCUUCCGGGAGGCCAGUGAGCCCCACAAGGACCUGCGCGAGCGGACUCCGCGUGAGAGCCAUAAGAAAGAAGGCAGGAAGCUAUUAGUGCGAGAGUGAGACAGAGAGAGAGAGAGAGAGAGAGAGAGAGAGUGAGCGCGCAAGCACGGCAUUAACAGGGAGAGAGAGGGAGACGAGUGACAGAAAACGGUUGCCCGAGUAGCGCCUCGGUAAAUGGAGCCUUGGCUCGGCUCUUCCUGUAUUCGUCGAGGCUCGAGGAGGCGGCGCGCCGCUAUCCACCUGCGGCCGAGACUGCACCUGCAGCUAUCCUGGACGACAUGCUUGGCGAGCCCCGUCUGGCUGCCACUGUGCUCGCCGUCCUCGUCACCUGCUAGCUGCUAACCUGGAUAGUCCGGACUGGCGGGAGCCGGAGUAGCUGGAGCUACCGGAGCGGAGAGGAGGGAGCGAAAAAGAGCCGGCGCCAUGAGUGCCCAGAGCCAGGGCUGCUCGACGCCGAUCAAGCUCGAGCCCGCUGCUGCUCGAGUCAAGAAAGAGCAGCUCGAGAUGCUGGCUGAUGCCCAGGCCACCACCGAUGCCAGGCUCCACCUGCAGCAGCAGCCAAGGCUUACUGGAGUCAACUGCAUCACCCCCUCCGCCCAGUCUGUCCUGCCUUCGCCCUCGCCCUCACCCUCCCUUGCCAAUGGCUACCCUACCACGGACUUGCUGCACGACAUCCUCAGGGCAAGCAAAUUGAACAGCCUGGCUCAUCAUACUCCUGCCGCCAAGAAUGAAAAGAUACGCCUCAUGAUUGAGGACAGCAUAAGCGAAGAGUCAAGAUCUCGAGUGCAUGAUAUUUUUUCUCAAGUUGAGCAGCUGAAAUUGGAAGAGAAGUUAUUGCUUUACCUCAAGCUUCCAAUAUCUCUGACAAAUCCCAAUGGUACCGUGGAUCCUCUGAGGCAACCUUUGAAUCCACUGGGUAAUCGAUAUGAGAUUUAUCAGACCAUAAUGUGGAUUAAAACACACCUUGAGGAGGAUCCAGAAGUUUCAUUACCAAAGCAAGAAGUCUACGAUGAAUACAAUAUCUUUUGUUCGAAAAACUCCAUGAAGCCACUUUCAACUGCUGACUUUGGAAAAGUCAUGAAACAAGUUUAUCCUCGGGUUCGACCUCGUAGACUGGGUACCCGUGGCAAUUCUCGGUAUUGCUAUGCUGGAAUGCGAAAGAGAAUCAAGCUAGACCCUCCAACAUUACCUUCAGCAACCGCUACAGAAGUGGGUGAAGAUGCAGAGCACAAUGUUACUGAAGAAAUGCUGGGAGCUGCUUCAACAAUCAUUCGGGAAUGGGCAGAAUUUUUAUUGGAAACCAAGUUUCCAACACUCUGUGCUUUGGGAAAGUAUCUUGUUAACAAUCUUUAUGUUGAUAGUCGAUCUUUGGCUGCUGUUUGUAUACUGAGUGCUUCAGGAGAAGCUCAACCUGUGACAAAAAAAGCAGAUGAGAGUCCAGGAUUACCAGCAACGCCUACUUUAGUAAAGAUGGGAAAGCUCAGGGAAGCUCAACUUCAACUGCAGCGGAAACUUCAACAACGAGAGCAAGUGCGCGAUCUGAAACAUCGACAUCUUGAAAAUGUUUUGCAGAGUCAAAACAAUGAGAAAACUGUUGAUCAGAAUAACGAGGGCGUCGGAAGUGGGAACAAAAAAGGUAAAAAGGGUAAAGCUAAUGUGAAUCACCUGGCACAAGGUACAAACGCGUCGAGUAAAAUAAACGCAACAGCCGUCGUUUCAGCCGGCCGACAGAAGAAAGUUCUUAAAAGCAACAACCAAUCCUGCAGUAUCUCCCUGCAGUCCAACUGUGAUAAUCUAGUGGUACAAUCGAUUCAAGACGAGCAAAAUAGUAGCACUUCUAGGCUAGUGACGAGUGAUAGCGCAAUUUCGCCAAGAGAAAUAAAGACAAAAUAUACGCGGAAACGUGCAAGCUCGAGUGUAGCCCUGCAGGCCAGCAGCGAAUCGAGUCCCGAGAAGCAGUUGAAACUUGUAGAGGCUCAGCAAAAUGCCUUGGAAAGCGUAACGCGGUCUUCAACCCCGGGAUCUAGGCUCUCUUCAGCUUCAAACCAGCAGUCUGCAAAGAUUUCAGUGAUACUAGCUAAUAAUCCGAAAGCCGCCAAGAGCAACAAGACUACCGGCGAAGCUGCCGUCGCCCCUCUCGUCAAUCAGCCCAUUAAAAGCUGUGAUAAAGAAUUAUCUCUGUGUUCCAACAAUUACUCCAAGUCGAACGGCUACUCCAACGGAUCUGAUUUACCGAGAAAAACGAAUUUAUUGACAGAGAAUGAAAUUCGCCUCUUGCAAGAGAACUCGAGUCUUGCCAGCGUAAAAGGCAAGCUUGGCUCCAUCGACAGUGAUGCUCUCAAUGAUUAUUUGAACGGAGGUAAUAACUCUCAAGAACCGGAAGAAGAAUUGAUGUUAUAUUUUCAGCAAAGCAACUCGUCAAGCUCGGAUAUGGAGCUAAGCGGAGUUGUCGCUGAAACAGAAUUGGCCUCUAGGCAGGACAAAGUAUCCCAAUUGAGAAUCAUUCUGCAAGAAAAUCUGAAAGAUUCAGUAUUACCGGCCAAAAAAGAUAGUUUGCAGAGCGUAGUCGCAAACGAAAAGCAACAAACUUUGCAAAAGCACAAUUUGAUACUACCGACUCUGCUCAAUAAAAACAAUAACGUUAAUACAAGACGUCGAGUCAGUUUCGAGACGAAUACCGUCGAGCAAUCUCAGGAUAAUGGAGGCAAUGCAAGCGCGCUCAACAGCAACACCGUCCCGCAAAGCCCCAACACUCGACGAAGGAUCUUCAACUUUACGCCCAUUUCACCUGGUCCACAAUCCCCCAUCAAUGGACGUGCUUCGAAAUCGAAUUCUGCGAAUGCUAGUCCCUUCGUGUCACCUCGAAACACGCCAGUGCCACGUUCCAGGAGCAAUUUGCAAGGAAGUUGUCGGUCUCGGGGCUCGCAAAAAAUUCUCUCUCGCUCGAUAUCAUGUAACGUACCUUUCACGAGCAACAAAAAUGAAACCUUUAUUGUGCCUACUACAGGAUCUGAAAUAAAUAGGCACGUUCAUUCGCCUCUUGCCGUCAACAACAAAGCGUCUCAAGCUUCUCAACUUGGACUGCAAUCUCUUCAGCAGGAUCCAGUGCCCAAGUCGCAAAAUCUACCUUGCGCUCCCUUUCUCACUGAUCUCGCUUCUCAAGAGCCUCAACUGCUCAUCAAUUACCCAAGCCAAGAAAAUCUUCAAGAAAUCAAGAAUGUCUAUCAGCAGCAGAAGCAUCAACCGACCGAUCAAGAAAUUAGUGAUUUAUUGCAAAGUGAAAGCGAAAAGCAGCAGUUUGUCAAGGACCAGCUCUUUCGCUCUCAAUCUGUACCGCUACACAGGAUGGUGAAUCCUGCUCUUCUCUCGCCAAUCUCAUCGCAUCAUACGCCAACGUUCCUUAGUCACAGUUUUAAUCCGUCUACCAAUAGUUCAAUAGCUCCAACGCCAGUUCCGAGUGAAUUCAACGAUUUUGGUUCGAUAAGCCAGUGCGAUAGCACGAGCUACUUGAUUGAGGUAGAUCCACUAGUCACCGCUGGUCAACCGUUCCUUAUGGAGGACAAAGAGAUGAUUCCUGAUAACUUGAAUAACAUAUUUGACAUGCUAAAUCAAGACUCCGAAAUCUUGACAGAGAGCUCUACUGACAAGGAGCGAACUGAAACUUCAGAUCCGAUAUUGAUGAAUUCUUUAUCUAGUUUAAACGAUCGUGCGCUUUUGGAGAGUUCCAGCAGCGAGCUCUUGGCUAACUGGACAAAUGGAAAUACUGCAGGCAACAACAACAGUAACAGUAACAAUACUUGGGUGAAUUCUGCAUCAAAUAAUGCUCCCAAGAUUCUGCAUUCGCGCUCUUAUCCAAACACGCCUUUGCCCAUACCGAAUUCCUCUUUCACGGUUCAAUAUCCGGAAGAUAGUAACGGUUCCAAAUCAUACCCGACAACGCCAUUGCAUAAUUUACAGCAGCAGGAAACUUGGACGGAGAGUAACGAGCCAAUGCUGUUUAGUCCGACACUCAAUACACUGAGUCUUCACAGUCAGACUGGGAAUAUUGGCAACGUAUGUCCCACUAACGUUGAGUGCAAUGUGGGCGAUUUCUUGGAACCCGACAUGACGAACGACGAUACCGAUGAUCUUGGCUCCCUCGGUAAUUUCGAGGGCCUGCAGGAUGUCGGUGCACUCUCGCCUUUGUUUACAGAAGUUGUGGAAUCAAAUCACUGAGGACUAAGACUUUUAAUGAACAGUAACCGAGGUCAUUCCUUGGAAUGUGCUAGUGAGUUUUUAAUAUUCGACAAUUUAAAAAAAAAAUGAAAUUUAUCGGUUUUAAAUUGUAUUAUAUAUGACAAUUGUCAAGUUCUUCAUUAAAAGUGCUCAUUGUUUCGAGAGAUAGGGACCAGCUUUUAAUGUCGUCUUGUUAGUUAAUUUUUUCUUGUUAGCAUUAUGCCUCGAAUCCAAUAUUUAUACAUUGAAAUUUUCUAGUAAAUAAUCAUGUCUUGAUCGUAAUCGAGCGAUAAGAGAUUUUUUUUAAUGAUUCAAAAUUAGCGACAGGUUGUUUAUAACGGCUGGUCUAGAAUUCGAUAGUAUUAUCGAGAAUUAUUUCUAAUAUCACACAAGUCCUUGAAAAAAUUUCUUUGUAAAAUGACCAUAAUAGGUCUUGCAUAAAAUCUGUUGUAAAGAUUUUUAAAUAAUACAGUGCUUGCACUCUAAACCAACAUUUUGUUUGUUUAAUUACCUCAUUUUCAAAAGUAAUAUAAAUAAAGUACUCAUAUUGAUCAUUUGAUUUAGUAGUGAAAAUAGAAAUACAAACUUGGAAAUCGCAAGAGCUUUUAAAAUUAAAAAAUUCUCACAUAUUAUAUUAUACAGAUUUAUUUUAAGUAGGUUUUUUAUAUAUCUCAAUUGAUUGAAUACUUUAUUGUGUACUACUAUAUUUGACAGGGCAAUUUUUCAAACUAAAAGAGAUUUGAUUGAUAAUAGUAUAUUUUGGACAAAAUAUUUUUAAUUAUGUAUUUUAUUGAUGACUGUGUAAUCUGUUGUACAGAAAGACACAAGUUCCGAUGUGAUCGACUGAUUUAAAACUUAAAAACAAACAACUUUGUACCAAAAUUUUUCAACUCAAAAUGACCAAAUAAUUCUCAUUCUAUCUCUUUUUGUUUUGUGAAUAACCCUCACGUUAUCCGUACCAUUACGGUUAAUAUACAUAUAUAAAUACUUGAAUAUCGAAUGGUUGUUGAAAAAAAAAGGAAAAAAUUUAAUAAAUGCUAAUGUAAUGUGAUGUGAGUAGUUGAGUUCUGAAAAAUUCCAUUGGCUGCGCGUCAUUUAAAUUCACACUAUUUAAAUAGAGGUAUAAAAAUAAAAAAUUUUAAUUUUUAUCUAGUCGGAUUAACUCACGUUCGAUAAUCGAAGUGCAUCAAUACAAGUACUAGGGUUGGUACGAAGAUGUGCUCUAAUGAUUCGC